CACAUUAGCCUUUCUUACUGAAGGGCAAACAGCAGAAGAUAACGGUCAGAGAAGAGGCAACAUCAGCGCACAUACUUUCCCUCUGUCCACUCGGCUCAGCCAUGGGCUCAGUACUGUAUCUACUGCUGUGCCUCACUUUCACUGCACAGCUGGUUUCUGCACAAAGGUUCCUGGUGACGGCUCCCAGCGUGUUUCAUGUUGGAGUGACGGAGCAGGUGUUGGUGCAGGUCGGAGACGUGCCGGUCAGCGUGACCUGUUACUUAGAACAGGAGGUGAAACGGGUUCGCAUGUCAGAGUCGGAAACUAUAAGCAUCACCCAGAAAGGACAGAUUGGAAAACUAGGCCUAAAGGUGCCUGCGGAAAAAGUUGCGGAGUUGACCUCAGCUGACGGAGAGACUCCUUACCUGAACCUGGUGUGUGAUGUUGGUGAAAGGAGGCGGCAGAUCACUCGAGUUUUAGUGUCCCCACACAGAGGCUACAUCUUCAUUCAGACUGACCAGCCCAUGUAUAACCCCACACAGACGGUUCAGUACAGGAUCUUUGUCCUGGAUCACGCCAUGCGCCCCACAUCAGACAUGAUAUUUGUGCACAUCGUUAAUGCGGAAGGAAAUACAAUCAAGAAAGUCCAGUACAAAGUCAGAGACGGCAUUUUCUCCAAGAGUUUCCAUAUUCCUGAUUUAUCACAGCCGGGCGUGUGGAAGAUCAAAGCUCACUACAAAGGCGACGAGAAGAGCGCAAGCGUCCGCGAAUUCAAGGUCCAGAAGUUCGUGCUUCCCAGUUUCGGCGUGUCCAUCCUGCCUGAAUCUGGCUAUCUUCUGGUGAACGCUGGACAUUUUAAAUUCUCUGUUGGGGCUUCGUAUUCUUAUGGGAAGACGAUCAGUGGAGGAUUCCACUGUCGGUUUGGGGUCAGAACCGGGUCAGAUGACAUCACAUUCAUAAAGGGUCUGGAGAAAACUGGACCAAUACGAGACGGCAAAGCCGACGUGACUCUGAGUCUGUCAGACGUCCGGCAGAAGCUCCAGAACACAACACUGCAGCGCCUGGCAGAGGGCGGAGCUCGGUUCUACAUCAGCGUCACUGUCACAGACAAAAUCAGUGGUGAGGUACAGGAGACAGAAAUGUUCCUUCCUAUCGUAUCCCAGCCGUACCUGGUGGACCUGUCCAGAACACGGUCACACUACAUCCCCCAGAUGCCACUGGACGUGGUGGUUGUGGUGCGCACUCCAAACGGACUGCCAGCUAAAGGCGUCCCAGUGAAGACUGACGUAUCCAACACUGUGGAGAAAUCCUUCGUUAAAAACACAGACGAUGAGGGGAUCGCAACACACCCAUUCAAUCUUGUGCAAAGGCCUUCGUCCAUAACUGUGGAGGUAACAGUGGACGGAGUUAAGUCCACAAAGACUAUCCGUCCGUCCACUUCAGCGAGCAGCAGCUUCCUGUUUAUAAGCGUGAACAAUAAAGUCUUCUCACCUGGAAACAUCCUGAAUGUGGCCUUCAAUGUUGUCAACGGCAACCCGGCAGAUAAAUACAUUUACUACAUGGUGGUUAGUAAAGGGGUUCUUGUAGAUUCUGGUUCUCAGAAAGCAGGAGAUUUGACCAGAGUGGACAUCCCGAUCAAAGCGGAAAUGACCCCGUCCUUCCGUCUGAUUGGGUAUUAUUACCACAGUAACGGUGAGAUCGUGGCAGACUCAGUGUGGGUGGAUGUGAAGGACUCCUGUGAGGGGAAGAUCGAGGUAAAAGAGGCGGAUCAGCGAAAUUACUAUGGUCCAGGAGAUUUUAUUAAGCUGAACAUCGAUGUGGGAACGCAGAGUAAAGUGAAAGUGGCCUUACUGGCUGUGGACAAGGCCAUCUACGCCCUGAACGCCCAGAACAAACUCACCCCAAAGCAGGUGUUCUCCUCCAUGCAGUCGUACGAUCUGGGCUGUUCGUAUGGAGGUGGAAAGGACACUGCUGCGGUCUUCAACGACGCUGGACUGACCUUCAUCUCUCACUCAGAAACAGUGAAGACCCAGAUGAGGAAAGGUUUGAGCUGUGAGUCAGGUUUCCGCCGGCAGAGACGGGCUAUAGAUCUACAAAAGGAAAUGACCAAGAAGGAAUCUGAGUUUCAGGACGCAGCGCUGCAGAAGUGCUGCCGUCACGGCCUCACGCUCAUCCCCAUGCAGCUGACCUGUGAGGAGAGAAAGAAGAGAAUAGGCAAGACGGAGAGUCAGGCAUGCGUGGACGCUUUCCUCAAAUGCUGCCAGUUCGCUAUGAGGCUGAGAGAGAAGAAGAGGCAGGAGGACAUACGCAGCAGCCACGGCAGGACUGCUAGUGCUGCUGACUUUGAGGACUUCUUUGAUAACGAGGUGCAGUACAUCCGUCAGAGUUUCCCCCCCAGCUUUGGGUUUAAGGAAAUCGAAGUGAAGGGCAAAGCUGAACACAAUAUAGCUGCUCCAGACUCCAUCACCACCUGGGAGAUCCAGGCUGUCAGUCUGUCUUCCUCGCAUGGUUUCUGUGUGGCCGAUCCUCUGGACAUUUGCGUCUUUAAGCCAGUGUUUAUCGCUCUGAGGCUCCCCUACUCUGUCAAACGCAACGAACAACUGGCCAUCGCUGUGGUCAUCUACAAUUACGGCACAGAAGAUAAAAAGCUUGCGGUUCAUAUGAAGCCAGCAGAUGGUCUGUGUUCUCCUGGAUCUCAGUCCAGUGCCUCCUCCAUCAACAUUGCGGUGGCCGCGAGAUCCUCAGAGGUGGUCACCUUCUCUGCUGUUCCUCUGAAGGAGGGCGAGAUCCCCAUCACCAUCCAUCUGUACGACCAGGAAUUUGAGAUGGGAGUGGAUGCCAUUCAGAAAACCCUGCUGGUGCUGACGGAGGGAGUGCAGGUGCGAAAGGAGGAGAGUCACCUGAUUAAUUUGGAUGGUCGAACUGACAAGAUAAUCUUAAUUAAUGCCGAGUUUACAAACAUGACGGUUCCUGACUCGAUCACCAACGUGUUCGUCAAAGUUGAAGAAGAUGCGUUCAGCGUGGCGACUGCGAUGCCCCUCCUGUCACCAUCCAAAGUGGAGAGUCUGAUUCGGGCUCCUGCUGGUUGUGCAGAGCAGACCAUGAUCAGGUUGUCUCCAACAGCACUGUCCAUCCGCUACCUGGACCACAGCAACCGCUGGAUGGAGCUUUCAGCUGGAACAAGAGACACCGCACUGGAGUACGUGCAGAGAGCCUAUGAUAGGCUGUUGACAGAGUUUAGAAAGGAAGAUGGAUCGUACGGAGCGUGGAGAACGCACCCCAGCAGCCACUGGCUGACCGCUCUGGUGGUGAAGGUGCUGUCCCUCGUGGCCGAUUCUGAGUUAGUGGCUAAUGCCGACCAACAGAUCGUCUCACAGCUGGAAAUCCGGCGUCCCGUCAAUUAUCUUAUCACGACGCAAAACGAAGACGGGUCGUUUAGUGACCCUCAUCCUGUCAUCCACAGAGAAAUGCAGGGUGGUAUUGGGGGACUCGAGCAGGAAGUCUCCCUCACUGCUUUCGUUACCAUCGCUCUCAAACGCUCUCUACCUUUCCUGGACAUGGAAACUGAUGCUGUGAAGGGCAGCAUCUCCCGUGCUACAGCAUUCCUCCUCUCCCGCGUGGAUCAACUGGAGAGACCUUACGCUGUGGCCAUUACAGCCUACUGCCUGUCCACCUGCCUUCCAGAUAAGACACUGGCUUUGUCAGCCUGGAGGAAACUGCAGAGUCUCGCAAUGCGAGAGGGGGAGUGUAAGGUGUGGAGGGCGAAUGAAGACAUGCGGCUGGUGGGCGAGCGGAAGAAUUAUCUGGUUCCUCCAGCUGUGGCUCUGACCGUAGAAACCACGGCGUACGCUCUGCUCACCGCAAUGGCUCACGAGGACACGGAGGAGGCUAGAGCUGCGGCCUGUUUCCUCUCCUCACAGGAGAACUACGAGGGAGGAUUCAAAUCCACACAGGACACCAUCAUGGCCUUGGAGGCUCUGUCGGAGUACGCCAUUCACAAACCUGAAUCUCCGUUCAGUGUCAUCAACGUGCAGUUCACCAGCUCAGGGCGGUCAGAGAUGGAGAAGCUGGUGCUGGACAAGAAGGGCGAGAAGGUGGAGGCGGAGUUAAAGAGGCUGGUGGGAGGCGGCAUAACUGCGAAAUUUUCAGGGCAAGGAGAAGCAAAAAUCAAGGUGGUGAAGGCUUACUAUGACCUCGACCCGUUCACCAACUGUGAGAACCUGUCAAUCAACGUCACAGUGACGGGCAAAGUCGAGUACACAGCACACAUAACAGAGACCUACGAUUACUAUGAUUAUGGGAAAGACGAGCCGAGCGAGCGGGAGGAGGAGGAAGAUUUCCCACGCUCAGCCAUCGAGUGGUUUGAUGUGCGCAGCAGACGCAGGCGAGACACACAGCAAAGAUCUGAGGACACACUGCUGUACAAAGUGUGUGUGAGUCACUCUCUGAGGCAGAACCUUUCAGGCAUGGCUAUAGCAGACAUCACCCUGCUCAGCGGCUUUGAGCCAAACACCGACGAUCUGGACAAGCUGAAGGAUCUAGCUGACAAAUAUAUCUCUCACUAUGAAGUCUCCCAGGGGCGAGUCCUGUUAUAUUUCAAUGAGAUAGUUGAAGGUGAUAUAUGUGUGAUGUUUGAAGCCGUGCAGAAAGUGCCGAUAGGGUUAGUGCAGCCUGCCCCCGCUACGUUCUACGACUACUACGAACCAGACAGACGGUGCUCUGUGUUCUACGCCGCCCCCAGGAGGAGCAAGCUGGUGUCUGUCCUCUGCUCUGAAGACGUGUGUCAGUGCGCUGAGAGGGGCUGUUUUAAAGAGAAGAAAACGUUUGAGUCCCUGAUCACAAAGAAGGAUCGCUUCAGACACGCCUGCUACAGCCCUGUAAUGGAUUACG